AUGUUCAACUUCCUCCUGCUGGUGUCGCGCCAAGGGAAAGUGCGCCUAUGCCGUUGGUUUGGCGACUACGAGUCAGAAGGUGAGUCCGGCGGUUUCCUCAGAUCCGCAGCACGCAGCGCGAAAGAGAGAAACGAACUUGUGCGCGACGCGGCCUCGCGCGUGCUACAACGGAACGCCAAACAGUGCAACGUCAUUGAGUGGAAAGAGGACACUAAAUUGGUAUUCAAGAGGUAUGCGAGUCUGUUCUUCAUUGCGUGCGUGGAUGCGCGGGAGAAUGCAUUGUUGGUGCUGGAAGUCGUGCAUCACUAUGUCGAGGUCUUAGACAAGUACUUUGGCAAUGUCUGCGAGCUCGAUCUUAUCUUCAAUUUUCACAAGGCAUAUUACCUGCUAGACGAAGUAAUAUGCGGCGGGGAGCUUCAAGAGUCAAGCAAAAAGGCGAUUCUGCGAGUAGCAAGCGCCCAGGACACAUUAGCUGAAGAAUCAGGGAACAAGCCCGCACGCCUCAACUAA